UGUAUACAUACACAAGUUGUCACACUAGUUUGACAGCUGCCAUUUUUUUUUUCUAUUCCAAUUUGAAAGAUUAGAAAUCAGCUGACACGAUUGAUGAUAAUUUUUAAAUAAUAAUCAGUCAGUUUCUUUGACAUUUAGAAAAUUAAAAAAAAAAAUAAUUUACAUUUUUUAAUUAAUAUAGGUAUCUAUUGAUUAACUUUAUACCUAUUAAUAUAAUUUAAUUUUUUAUAAUAAAAUUUCAAAUGGUUUUUAAAAAUGUCGUUCAUUGAAAAUGACUCAAACAGUCAACUGUCAAGGCUGAAUUGUAUUAAAAUUUUAGUAGCGCAAAAAAAAAACUGAUCGAAACGAGAGCCCCUGGAUAAUAAAUAAAUUUUACAAUCACAUAAACAAUAAAUAAUAUUUAAAAAAUAAAACAAAAAUUAAAUUUUGAAUUUCCAGAAAAUUAUCUAAUAAUCAUGCUCACGUCAGCAGUUAGAAAUAUUGCUCGCAGAUCAUUUUCAACAUCAAAAUGUGUAUCUGCCCAGCAAAUGACUGUCAGAGAUGCUCUCAAUUCAGCAAUGGACGAAGAGAUGGAACGAGAUGAAAGAGUAUUCAUAAUUGGUGAGGAAGUUGCCCAGUAUGAUGGAGCAUACAAGGUAUCCAGGGGACUCUGGAAAAAAUAUGGUGAUAAACGAGUUAUUGAUACACCAAUAACUGAGGCCGGAUUUGGUGGUAUGGCUGUUGGUGCAGCAAUGGCUGGUCUUCGACCAAUUUGUGAAUUUAUGACAUUUAAUUUUGCUAUGCAAUCGAUUGAUCAAAUAAUAAAUUCAGCAGCUAAAACAUUUUACAUGUCAGCUGGACGUGUUAAUGUACCAAUUGUAUUUCGUGGACCAAAUGGUGCAGCAUCUGGUGUUGCUGCACAACAUUCACAAUGUUUUGGUGCUUGGUACAGUCAUUGUCCUGGUUUAAAAGUUGUAUCACCAUACAACAGUGAAGAUUGUAAAGGUCUUUUAAAAGCAGCAAUUCGUGAUCCAGAUCCAGUUGUAUUUUUGGAAAAUGAACUUUUAUAUGGUGUACAAUAUCCAAUGUCUGAUGAAGCAUUAUCAAAAGAUUUUGUAUUACCAAUUGGUAAAGCUAAAAUUGAACGUGCUGGUAAUCAUGUUACACUUGUUGCACAUUCCAAAGCUGUUGAAAUUGCUCUUGAAGCAGCAAAUGAACUUGCUGGAAAAGGUAUUGAAGCUGAAGUUAUUAAUUUACGUUCAUUGAGACCACUUGAUACUGCAACAAUUGUUAAAUCUGUUAUGAAAACACAUCAUUGUGUUUCGGUUGAGGGAGGAUGGCCAUCAUCUGGUAUUGGUUCAGAAAUUUCAGCAAGAAUUAUGGAGAGUGAAGCAUUUUAUCAUCUAGAUGCUCCAGUAAUUCGAGUAACUGGUGCUGAUGUUCCUAUGCCAUAUACAAAAUCAUUGGAACCUCUUGCUCUUCCACAAACUCAUGAUGUUAUCACAACUGUCAAUAAAAUUUUGGGUGUAUCAAAGUAGCAAAUUAAAGAAAAAUAUUAGGUUCAAUAAUUAUAUUUCAUAAAUAAAAUGAUAAAUAAAAAUAACAAUAAAAAAAAACACAACAGUAACAAAAUAAAAAAAAAUAUAUUUAAAUUAAUUAUUUAAUUUAAAUGAGCCAUAUUGAAAUAUAAAUAGUUAUCUAAUUUUUUUUUUUUUUUUUAGAGAUGAUUGUCUAGAGAAGAAUUAAAAAAUAUCAAAAACAUGUUUAAUGGAAUUUAUAAAUAAAAAAAAAAAAUAAAUGACAAGAUCAUUCAACAAUUUGCUUGACACGAAAAACGAAAAAAAAAGAAAAUAUAUUUCAAUAAAAACCGUUUAGAAAAA